AUGAAUCAUCUCUUCAAUAUAUCUUUCAAGAAAAAAUUACAAAUCUUCUUAUUGCAAAUAAUGACAAACGCAUUGGAAGAGGAUUAUUGGAAAACUAUAGUAGAAAUGUAUAUGAACAGAUCUUGAAAUUCUUCAAAAGUUUAAAACAUUUGAGUAUUAUUGAAACAUUCAAUCCUUUGUAUCCACCUUUAUCAUUGUGUGAUUCACCAUCAACUAUUUUUUUCUCUUCAACUCUUACUCAUUUAUGUAUCAAAGUAAACACAUUGGAUGAUUGUCUUUAUUUACUUGAUGGUCGACUCAAACAAUUAACUACAUUUAUUACUCGAAUAUGUAACACAAGCAAGUCUUCAUCAGUAAUUCACAAUAUAGUAAGUUUUAACAAAGAAUAUCAGUCGUGAAAUAAAGUUGACUAACAAUUCUCUAUAUACUUUUAUAUUUAUAAAUAUUCUUUUUUACCAUAUAGGAUGAUUUACCUAAUUUGAAAUGUUUUUCAUUGAAAUGUUAUCAUCUAAUAAAUGAAUAUGAUGAGAAAAUUCUACCUCUUCUUCAUCGUAUGACAUAUCUGGAAACAUUAACUUUAUAUCUUCAGAUAAAAAAUCGAGAUAGAUUUAUCGAUAAUUCUCAUCUUCAAAAUGAAAUUCUUCUUUAUAUGCCACGUCUUCAUUCAUUUACUUUUUAUAUUAGUACUUAUGAUGAUACUAAUCAUUUAUUUCCUUAUGUGCUUAGUCAAGAUAUUGAACGUAUUGUUACAAAUAGUGGACACCAACAAUGUAUGGCUAAUAUCAUAAAAUAUAAUAGUAGUUGUGAAGCUGUAUGUUCUAUCUUCUCACUUCCUUUUGCUUUUGAUCGUCUUGAAGAUAUUGGUAACAUAUUUCCAGAUACUGUAUUCAAAUAUGUUACGAAAUUGUGGGUAGUAGAUAUAAUGCCAUUCAAUCAUGAAUUCUUUAUUCGAAUUUCCCGAUCUUUUCCAAUACUGGACAAACUUAAUGUUACAAGUUCUAAAUUACAGUUGUCGUGUAAUAUGAACGCAUUUUCAUCUGACGAUAGUCAAUCAUAUUCAAUUGCCAAAUAUCCUCAUCUUACUUCAAUUGACCUGAUAAAUGCAAAUAUUGACUGUGUGGAAGAAUUUCUAAAUGAAACAAAAGCGUAUGUACCAUGCCUAACUACAUUAUUAAUUAAUUAUGAUGAUUUGAGAAUUGUCACAAAAAACUUUACAAGAGAAGAAACACGAUGCAAUUGUAAGAAGAUAAAAAGACUUUAGAUUCAACAAAUUCGCACCAGUAGAAGAUUGGUAUCAUUACUUUCCUUCAUUGUAAAUAAAAUUUUGUUUUGUUUUGUUUUGUUUAAUAAAUUUGAAAACAUAAAUGUUGUAUUUCGAUGUAUGAAAUAAUUAAGAUAUAAAGAAAUGUCGACUAUUAGUGUUGUUGUACGAACAGUUAAUCUUACGAUGAUGAUGCUUACAAAGAAGAUUACAGAAGAAAUUCUCUAAAGCGUUCUAAGAAUCAAAUCAAUAGGUUUCGUUCGUAUCUUUGCAUACCUUAAAAUAAAGUUUUAAGUAAAUUAGGAGAGCUUCCUCCUCUCCUUUAGAUAAAUGAAAUAAAAGACAGUUUAAAAGAUCUUCUCUCAAAAUCGAUUUUUGUAGCUCUAUUGACCUGUGCUAGUUGGAUUGAUAAUUCGUUCUGAAAAAUAGUUUCCAGUUUUGGUACUGUAGGGAUCGCAUUGAAUGUUCAAGAUAUAUUAAAGGUAUAGUAAAGAGAUAGUAGUAAUAUCUUUUACUCAAUAUCAUGAAGUAUUUAUAAAAUAUUCGUCGCAUGAACUUUUAUAAUUGACCAAUUUCUAACUGAAUUUUCUUCGACUUCUCAUCGUAACAGAGGCAAGCACAGGACAUUAAGCAGGACAAACAUGAUAAGUCAUUUUUUUAAUAACAGAUAUCAAUAUUAUAUUUCCUAGACAGGUAGAAUCAAUAACAGAAAAAGCAGUAGAACAAUGAUUGGGUCAACAAUGUAAGUGUUUCAAAUGAAAUAGUAUUAUACACAGAAAAUAAAACACAUGCUCCUUAAAAAACCUUUCAUACUUUUACAUGUACUACACUAGUAAAAUAUUAUCUAAUUGCUCAGGAUUAAAGGGAGUUCGUCUUUGUGUAAGUAAUUUCUCUUCGAAAAAAUUCUCUUUCCACUCCUGACUAGAGCCAUCUCGGUCUAAAGUUGUCAGACUCGUGAAUAGCAGUCUUAAUACUUUCAAUGAAGUUUUUAUAACUUAAUUAGAUAGUUGCACCCCAAAUGCAAGAUACUUUUUUUGCUUAUUAUUAUUGGCAAGUAGACCAGCCUAUACAUUUCUCAUGCAAUAGUCACGAUGGUCUUACAAUAAUCAACAUAUAAUUGGAUCUUAUUCUUACCUAGAGUCCGUUGGAACUAAAAGGCUUGGACUCAGUCAACACAAAGUUCUAAUAAUCGACCCGAAUAAGAGAAUUUUCAAUACCGAAUUCAGAUCGGACUCGACCGAGUUUCGAUUGACUUGAUGAGCUCUACUUCACUACUGUUUCGACUAUUCUCUAGACUGAAACGAUAGGGUCAGAAAAUCGAAAGUCACUUGUACUUGUAGGAAACGCAGACUAAAUGGGCAUGGUAACGAUAGUGCAAAGGACUAUAAGGGGUAUGUGGUCUACAUGAUUAUCUGAUAUCAAUAUAAUUCAAAUGGACAUGGUAACGAGUAAUUAUAAGGAACAUCAAAGUACUGCAAUUUGAAUUAAUUCACUAGUUUGGUUAAAAAUAAUGAUCAUUGUUUAAGUAUUUAUUGUGAAUAGAUUAUUGUUCAAUGUGUAUCAAGGCGUAGAUGCUCUAUCAAUAACUUAGAGUUUUAAUAAUGAGUGUGAACAUAAAAUAUGAUAAACAAAAAUCAUAUCCUUUAAAUAAGGAGAUACAAUUUUUUUUUAAAGUAAAAAUAGCUUCUGAAUAAAAUAACUAUUAAAAUUCGUACUGCUGUUUUCAGCAUCGUUCUAAUUAUUAAAUUAAAAUGAUAAAGUUUCAUUUGAGAGAGAAUCGACCCAAUGUUAAUACGCGUAAUAAAUAAUCGGCGAUAUCUAAUGGAAAUGUUCUUCUUAUUUAUGAAGAAUGUUUUUCACAAAUAAGUAGUGGUAUCAAUGCAUAUACAAAGAAAUGCUCACAUGGACGCAGUUUGAACUCAAACCAAGAAUUAUAUCAAAUGAUUCAAAGGUUAUGAUUUUUGCUUAUCCUAGUUAUUUGUUCGCAUUCACUAAUAAAGCUCUAAUUUAUUGAUAAAGUACUCGCUCGUUAAUACAGCGUUGAACAAUACUCUAGUCGCAAUGAAUAGUUAAACAAUGAUUGUUAUUUUUAUCUAAUACUGGUCCAUCAAUUAAAAUCAUAGUGAUGGAGAGAUCUUUACAAUCUCAUUCGCGAUUGUUUGAACCUUAGUUAUUAGACGAUCACUGGAACUGUGUUCUAUUACUCACAGUUAAGCAUAGUAGCUUCUCGUUUACAUUCAUAAACAACUUUAUUUGCAUUUCUAUUCUGUCAGUCUAGGGCUACCUGAAUCGACUAUCGAUGAACGUUAUUUAUAAUUAAUUAGUUGACUAAAACGAUAAAAGAGAGAUAUUAGCAACGCUGCAUUACAAACGUAACAGAAAUCCUGAGGACAUUUAAUGUCAGACAUAUACGAUCUGAGCAUAAUGGGAUUCUGGACAUGGCACAUUUUACUAAGAAGUCGUUGUAGGGAUGACAAAAUUCGUACCAAUUAAUCACAAACUGCGACAAAUAUCUAGAUUAUACUUUUAUAAUGUUAACAGCUCCGUUGUGUUUCACAUUUUUAAUCCUGCAGAGAUUGCGCUAACAGCUUUUAUUUUUAUAAUGUUUUUUUUUUUUUAUUAUUAUUUUUUCAGAUCAUCAAAUAAAAUAUUUCAGAAUUCUAAAGAGAAAUAUCAAUCUUGAUCGUACCUCUUCUAAUAAAUCAGAUAAACUGUUAUCAUAACUGUUAUUGAUAUUUUCAGAUAUUCUAAAGUAAAUUAUAAAAUAAUAUCAAUAGACAUUUAUAUACAUUUCAUAAAAAUAAAAUCUACGCCAUUGAUGUAUGCACAAAAAAGGAUGCAGACAUUUUUUUUUCGUUUUGAAAUAUCGUCACUCAUGCACAUCAUAUUAUUAAUAUUUGUCAAACUAUCGACCAACCUUCUCUGAUUUAUUCUUUUCUUCGUGAGAAAUCAACAACAUGAUAACAUGUACAUAUACUUCAUGCAUGAUGCUACGACGAGAACAGAAGAAAGGAGAGAAAGAAAAAUAGCGCUACGACUUAAUAUCAUCAACUUUUACUUAGUGAACAGCUUUAUCUGUUUAUCAAGGUAUAACAACAAAAGAAAAGAAGGAAGAAAACAAUACAAAACAAAAAUAUAAAGUAUAGUAACACCACGAAUAAUAAUAGCAAGAUAUAGUGCGGUAAUGAUUAAGGAAAUAGAAGAUAGAAUAUGAACGAAAACAAGGUCAGGAGGUGAAUCGAGAAUUUUCAUCAUAAACUAUCGUAUGAAAAAUUUUGACAUAUCCUUUUGAUCAUCAGAGAUGAAAGAACAUGUAAAAUAACAGAUAGAUCCAAAAUUGACGCCUUUCUCUAAAUCAUCAUUCAAUAAUUAUCAGGAAAACAUUUUAUAUAUGCCAAUAGACAUCUUAAGAUAAUUAUUUGGUGUUUUUGUUUCUUUUCUGUUCUCAGUAUAUUAUUAUUUUUUUUCUUAUAUAUUAAGCAAAUCGAAUCGAAUAAUAUAUCAAAAGAGAGAGAAAGUUUUGCUCUACAAAACUUAAAAUUUGAAUUUUCUUCAAUAACUUUCUGAAUAUGAUUGUUGAAGAUCAAUGUUCAAGCAAACGUCAAAAACAACACGUAAUAAUUUUGAAAAUUUGACAUUAUUUUUAUGGGAAAAACAUAUUGAAAAACAUGGCGACUGGCAAUGAUUUCUUAUGAAUUCAAUAGAAUGAAAAGUACUGUACAAGAUACAUCCAAAAAAGUGAUCAAAAAAUGUGAACAUAGUACUAGAAAUACUAUUGGGACUGGAUAUUUCAAUGAGGCAACUGACUUAUUUUAUGAAAUGAAAAAUUCUUUCAAUCUAUCUUUCCUCACAGCAUAUUUUCAAGUUGAACUAACUUUAGAAUAUUCAUUGCUUGAUGUGAAUAAUAAAUUUCUAAUGUUAGAUUUUCUAAACUUCCUUCGCUUUACUAUAGUAUCUUCGAUCAUACACAUGAUAUAGAACAAAGACUUGAUGUAUUUACAUAUUGAAAGUGUAUAGUCAUAUAUAGAAAAAAAUUUUCAAUCUUGUGUGUCGUUUAUCUAUCGAAACUUUCACAAUUUUAGUACACAACAGUGUAAAUGUUGUGCUCUUGUUAGAAGCCUUUCGCAUAUCUAACUGCAUUCAAUUACCUUGAGAGAUAGAUUCAAUUUUUUUAAAGAAGAGAUUUGGGAUUAGUGAUAUUCGAAGAUUCUUUGUUCUAAAAAAGGGUUUAAACGAAAAAAAAUUCUUUCUUUCUUUCUUUCUUUUAUUACUUCUUCAAAAUUUCGCUAUUUUCAUCGAAUUUUGAUCUGACGCAUUGCUAAAAGAGUAAGUAAAGAGAAAGAAAAUAAAAAAAGGGCCCACGAGAGUCACUACCUCGAAAUGUGUUCUUCGAAAUGAAAAAAAGAACAGAUCGUCUCUAUGUCUUAAGGUAAUUAGAUGCCAUUGGAGAUGCAAAAAGCCCCAAAAUGAGUACUUCACACAUACUAAGUAUGUUCUAAUUUCGAUAAAUAAAGAGAUAUAAAGCUGAAAUUUCUUUUUUUUUUUGUAUACGUAACUGAUCAUCCGCAAUAUAUGUACAAUGUUUCAAUUCGAUAACACGUCAUAGCUUGAAGAAGCUGUUUUGAGUAGGGAGCGAUUAAAUGAAUUCUUUUUAUUUUUAAAUUUUCUUGGAUCUUUCAAGACAAAUCAUUCAUCUAUUAAUUAAAUAAAACGCGUCUAAGACGUGAUCCAAAUUGUUUGGGAUAUAUGAUUGGACUAGAUAAUGAUGCUUCAUGUUCUUUAUUUGAGUUGAAUAUGUGUUUAGUUAUUCACAGACAUAUUAUAUUAUUAUUGAUUUAGCCAAAUGUAUGAUCAAGCAAAGAUAAUUUUACAUAAUAUUCUGUUACAGAUAUGUAAUAUUCAUGUCUUCGCAUGUCUUUCAUUUGUGAGUAUCUGCUUGCUUUUGUCAGCAUUCUUUUCAUUAUCAUGAUGGUGGUAUUUAUUUUUUGAGUUUGUAUUCAUAUUAGAAUUAGUGCAGAUACGAGUCGAAUAAAGGAAUCUUUCGUAUAUAUUUACUUUCAGAUAUCGUAUUAAAUCUGAUAAGUAUUUUAGUUAUAGGAAGAACUUUCAAGAGCCAUGUAAAAUAAAAUCCAAUCGUAGUGAUGAUCAAAGUAAGAUCAACGAAAUAGUUGCGUAGUAAUAGUAUGAACAGUUUCAAAAACGAUGUAAGCUUUUUAUUCUUUGUAGUUUGAGUAAAACAACAACUCUUUGCUGCUGAUAAAAUAGAUAUAUAAACAAGAAAAAGAGAAGCUCUCUGUUGUGUAACAUUAUCUGUAAGACAUAAUUAACUGACUGAAAAUGCAUGGAUAUUAACGAAUGUUCUUUGUUUUUAAUGUUUUGAAAAUAAAUAUUGAGGAAAUAGACUUGGGUGUGGGUGUGGGUGUGGGUGUGGGUGUGGGUGUGGGUAUGG